CAUCGCCACUCACACAGAAAAAGUUCGACUAAUUUUAGUUUUUUAAUGCAAAACGAAUAGGCCAUAAAUUUCGCGUUUAGAUCCAAUAUAUAAUUCUCUGUACUGGAAUAAAAAAGAAAAAAAACAGUCGAUUUGUAAUGUGUGUGUGUGUGUGUGUGCGGGAAAGCUAAUGCGAAGGCCUUGAAAAAUUGUUACGAAAAUUGACUGACGUACGGAGUUCUGUGGUACCGUGCCAAUAGAAGAAGAGAAGCCUCGACAGCGCAAUAUUAGAAGUGGUGGUCAGGGAGCAGCAGCAGCGUCAGCACACCCCGCAUUUAAGUUACACACACACAGCACUGUUUUUUGUUUUCUUUUUUAAAUUUAUUUUCAUUUGAUUUUGUGGAUAAUUGCACCGCGUGCGGAUUACAUGCAGCAUGAUCCCCAUUGCAUGUGUUUAGUUUGUGAACUGUGUCUGUGUGUGUGUUGUAGUUGUAUGAAGCAUAGCUAAAAAGGCCACCAGAAACUGACGCUGAUUGCGACGAAACCGGAUCGGAAGAACAGCUUGAAUAGCACCGAUUGUAACUAGUUCACCCCACUCGUGGCGUCGUGGCGGAAUCCCAGUUACGGCCAAACAGUUUUGACAUAAAUCUCAAAAAUAAUGAUACAAGAGCCCGUUCAGGCCGCCAUAUGGCACUGCCUCAAUCACUACGAUCAUAAAGAUGCUGUUUUUCUGGCGGAACGCCUCUGCUCAGAAGUGGAAAGCGACGAGACAAUAUUUUUGCUGGCCACCAGCUAUUAUCGUUCAAGCCAAUUGCAUCAGGCAUAUUGGCUACUGUCGGAGAAGUCACGUCGCUCGCCCCAAUGCCGCUUCUUGCAGGCCAAAUGCGCAUACGAGCUCAAGAAAUUGGCGGAAGCAGAGAGCGCACUCGUUUCAAAUGGAUUUGCCGACAAUAAACACUUUGAUGAAAUGCAGCGAGAAUUCGGCGAACUCGCCUGCUUCGCCUAUCAGCUGAUGGCGAAGAUCUGUGUGCGUACUGAGCGCCAGAAGCUGGCGGUGAGCGCGUUGCGUCGCGCUCUCAAACUGAAUCCGUUUAUGUGGCAUGCGUUCGCCGAUUUGUGCCUGCUGGGUCAGGAUACGGAUACAGCGGCAAUAUUCCAAAUUCAAAACACUGAUGUGUUCAACACCUGCCAGGGCAGCAGCGCCAAUGCCAAUUCCAUGGUGCUGUUCGGCGGCAACGCAGCUAACGAGCAGCAGCAGCAACAGCAGCUCGAAAAUCUGCUGCUCAACAACUUAAGCAAUAACUCCAAUUUUAUAUUAAGCACGCCAGUCGAACAGCAACAACAACAGCAGCAGCAGCAAAACAACAACAGCAGCAUUGUCACAUUACAGAAUUUAAUAACGCCAAACAACAACAUCAACAAUAACAUAAGCAACAACAACAACAACAAUCUCAACAGCUCCAUUACGAUGCUGCGUGGCGGCGUACAACAACAGCAGCAGCAGCAACAGCAGAACAACGCCAAUAUGAAUUCGAGCAUGAUGCCGUUGGAGGACACACCGAUGGGUUAUGCAACGCAGGUGCAUGAUGCAAAUAAUGGGACACCGUUUCGCAAGCAAUUUAAAUAUUUGUCAACAAUAUCACCAUUAACGCCCAGCUUUGGCAUUAUGCCGCUGACUAGUCCCUGCGAUGGCGGCUCAGCCGUACUGCAGGCCAAUUUAAGCAUGUCUGCGUAUUCGCCCCAAAUGCUCGUCGAGGUCAAUCAGGAGCCAAAGAUCAUUGGCAAAAAGUUGAAAACCCAUGUUGGUGGCCUGAUCAAUCGUCAGGAGAAAACGAAACCCGCUGUGUUCACGCAGACUGGCAACAUAACGCCUCGCACUCCCAACAAUUUGGGUGUGAAUGCACCACCAAAUCCCAAUGCUGCAGUGCGUCGAAGUUCCCGUUUGUUUAGCAAUUCGGCAUACUCUGUGAAGGAGAACAACAAAUCGCCGAACAUAACGAAUAACAAUAAGUUUGUCCAGCCGCGUUCACCGCCACGUAAAACCAAAUCGUCUCGCAUGACCAAAAUCUGUUUGAGCAAUGAGCUAAUUGAUGAGAAGACCCAUCAUCAUCUCGCCGAGAAGCUAAGUGAAAAGCAGUCGCGCAAAGAGAAGGAGAAGAUCGAAACGAUCACAUCUGCUGCAACAGCGGGCAACAAUCAAUCGGCAAUCAACAAUCGCAGCACCGAGGAUGCCAAAGUGCUGCUCAACAACAGCCUCAACAAUGCCCAAACGCUGGCUCAUCAGCUGCUCACCAUGAAGAAGCAGUCGGCGGAUGGUCUAAUGCUGCUACUACGGGAUCUGGCCGAGGGCUAUAAGCUACUCUCGACGUUUCAGUGCAAGACGGCCAUUAAGCUGUUGGAGACGACGAUACCAAAGCAUCACUUGAACUCCAGUUGGGUGCAAUCGUUGAUUGGGAUGUGCCUGUACGAGCUGCGCGACUACGAGAAUGCCGUUCUCAUUUUCAAGCGGAUACACGAAACGGAGCCCAGUCGCUUGGACUACAUGGAGAUAUAUUCCACGUCGUUGUGGCACUUGCAAAAGGAGGUGGCCCUUUCGGCGCUCGCACAGGACCUCAUCGGGCAGGAUAAAAGUAAUCCGGUCACGUGGUGUGUGGCGGGUAAUUGUUUCUCGCUGCACAAGGAGCACGAGACGGCCAUCAAAUUCUUUAAGCGCGCCGUCCAAGUCGAUGCGGACUUUGUAUAUAGCUAUACACUGCUUGGUCACGAGCUGGUACUUACCGAGGAGUUCGACAAGGCGAUGGACUAUUUUCGAUCGGCGGUGGUGCGGGAUCCGCGGCACUACAAUGCCUGGUUUGGCAUUGGCACAAUCUACUCCAAGCAGGAGAAAUAUGAACUGGCCGAGCUGCACUAUGUGAAGGCGCUGAAAAUCAAUCCGCAGAACUCGGUCAUUCUGGUGCACAUUGGGGCGAUGCAGUUCUUUAUGCAGAAGAAGGACAUGGCUCUGCAAACACUUAAUACGGCAGCUUCGUUGGAUCCAAAGAAUCCGUUGGCGCGCUUUCAUCGCGGCUCCAUAUAUUUCUCGCUGGGCAAGUAUCAGGAGGCGUUGCGCGAAUUGGAAGAGCUCAAGGAGAUUGUGCCAAAGGAGUCGGUUGUGUUUUAUCUAAUUGGCAAAAUACACAAGACACUGGGCAAUAUGGAUCUGGCCCUGAUGCAUUUCAGCUGGGCCACCGAUCUGGAUCCCAAGGGCGCAAAUAAUCAAAUCAAAGAUGCCUUCGAUUCAAUGGCGCAUCCCAGCUGCUGUCCGGGCGUUGACAAUGCACUGGAUGUGGACUUUGAUCCAACCUCGGAGCGUUCCGAUGACUCAACGCAGGCGCAGCAGGAUGUUAGCUACGACAGCGACUACUAAACUAACCGGUCUCCAAGUCUGAGCGCUUGUAUAUAAUUACAUAAUUAAUACAUAUUGAAUGAGAAAAACAAAAGAAAAAACAAAAAAAAAACCCAAUUAUGAAUUAUAUUAAAUAUUAGAUAACUUUUAGUCUUAGGCUAUUUAUAACAAAGAUUAAGAUUGAAGAUGGUUUAAACAACAACAACAACAAUUCUCUCUGUCUCUUUGCACUCUGAAUGUCAAAGGCAACAACAAAGAAAAACAAACAAUUUUCAUUAUAUACCAUUUACCAACUAAAUUAUACAAAAUUUAAAUGAUCACUAAAAUUUCAAAAUUUCAAAACAAAAGAAAACAACUAAAAAACCAAUGAUUGAAAGAUAUAAAGAUGAACUCUACUAAGUACAGUGGCGCAGUGGCUCAGCUCAGUAAGCAGUAAAAAUCAAUUCCAAUCGAAAUGUUUAAUAGAUCCGCCUCAACUCGGACACCACUUGGCUCUGCCACUGCCCUGCACAUGAUAAACAACAACAAGAACAGUAAAUUAUACAAAUUAACCUAAA